GUGUGUGUGAAGAAAAGUACGCCAGGAGAAAAUGACAUACUCGCCUCCCCCGAGUCGAUGUUCCUCUAAAUCGCGCUCGAUCGUCGAUCCGUUUCUCCUACCUGGCGAUUAUCCUCGGCUUUCCACCUCGGGAAAGAGAGAGAGAGAGAGAGAGAGAGAGAGAGAGAAAGAGAGAUCCUGCGCGAUACGCACCGCUCGUCCUGGCCUUGAUCGCGAUGGCUUCGGUACCCUCGACGAUAUAAUUGGCAGGAAGUAGGAUCUAUCCGCGCUCUCUCGCUCCGUGUCUUUCACGUUGCGCGAAUCGUCGAGUUGUUCGUGAAACAAACGAGGGAAGAGUGCGAUGAAUUCUUCUGUGAGACCGUCGUGUCGCCUUGUCGAUUAUCCUACCUUACCGUAAUGAUGAUUGACAAAAUAAUGCGCGCAAACAGAUGCCAAUUUAAUAAAUGAUCCGUAAAUAUACCUGCACCAAUUACAAACACGUAACAAUGGAACACUCGGAGCUAGUGGCAGAGAUGGUACACGUUGAAAGACUGACGACGCAAGAACGGUUACAUUUGGCACGUCACCGUAGAUUACAACAAUUAAAAGUAUGGAGACAACGUGAAAAGGAAUGGUUACGACAUCAAACUAGGCAUACGAGUAAUAAGCGGCACAUAUAUUUUAGCGAUAGUGUUAUGUUAUUAGAAGCUGCUGCAAGAAAUGAUAUUGAUGAAGUAAGACGACUUUUGAAGAAAGGGGUAAAUCCAGACUCAACAAACGAAGAUGGUUUGACGGCGCUACAUCAGUGUUGCAUAGAUGAUAAUGAAGAAAUGAUGAAGUUACUUAUUGAAUUUGGUGCUAAUGUAAAUGCAGAAGAUAGUGAAAAAUGGACACCAUUACAUGCUGCUGCUACAUGUGGUCAUUUACACUUAGUCAAAUAUCUUAUUGCCAGGGGUGCAAAUUUAUUAGCUGUUAAUGCUGAUGGCAAUAUGCCAUAUGAUAUUUGUGAAGAUGAAAAAACAUUGGAUUGCAUUGAAGGAGAAAUGGCGAGGCGAGGAGUUACUCAAGAAUUAAUAGAUGAAACAAGAGCCUCAACCGAGGUUCAAAUGUUACGGGAUUUGCAAAAAAUUGCUUCUUUAGGAGGUGAUCUUGAAUAUAAAGAUCAUCAAGAUGCUACACCUCUUCACAUUGCAGCGGCAAAUGGCUACUUACGAGUUGUAGAAUUUCUUCUUGAUCAACAUGUAUCAACAGAUGUUGAAGAUAAUGAUAAAUGGCAGCCUGUUCACGCAGCUGCAUGUUGGGGACAUUUGGAAGUACUCGAGUUAUUAGUGCAGAAUGGAGCAGACCUAAAUGCAAAGAAUAAACACGACGAAACUCCCGCAGAUAUAUGUGAAGAUCCGGAAAUUAGGGAGAGAAUAGUGGAAUUGAAAACGGAACAGGAGAGUAAACGACUUCGUGAAGCACAGGGACGGAGGGUGCGAAGAUCACAGAGCAUAAAUACGCGGACACAGAGUGUGCGCCGGACAUCUAUUCGAGACAAAGUUCUUACUACUAAAAAAGAUGCUCAAGAAGAAGCACGUUUCAGGUUACAAGCACAACAGACAUAUGUUAGUGCUCCUGCGCCUAGUAUUCCGCCAUUGGAGAAUAGUACACAGGAAGUAGGAGACCAUGAGACUGAUUCUAGCACAUUGACACCAGCGGUGCGAAAAGGUCCUGAAGGAAAAGACAAUGAGUCUUUCCUUCAUGAAGAUGUUGAUAAAGAUUCAGCAGUGACAGGGCUUGACCCGCCGGUCGGCAGUCAGCAGCAGUCGCCGAUUUAUGCUACAGACAGCGAUACCAACGGCAAGAUCAACAUACAUGUGUCCGUUGUUUUCGUCAAAUCCUUGUCAGAUCUGAAGAAGCAGCGGGCGCAGAAUCGGCACAUAUCCGGUGGCUCGCUGGACGCUAACGGAAAUGGUAUCACGAUGCCGGUCUCGUCCAUCUCCAAUUCCGACCUCACCACCGACGACUUUACGCAACGCUUCACUGGCAAUACUAGCGAGAUUGUCAGCGACAAUCACACGGAGAAGAACUGCUGUACCGUCAUGUAACGCAUUUAUUUUAAAAUACGCCUCCAAUUUCGUUUUCCACCCCGUCUUCCUCACGCUAUUGCGCCCGAGAAUAUUCGCAGACUGAACAUUUGCGUUUCCCGCGAAAAAUAAAAGGAAAAAAUGAAAAUGUGUUCCUGCGAUUAUCUUUUAGUAUUUUUUUAGAGAUUCAACGCUGUGUUCUGAAAUUUUUACGAUUUUGAAAAUCGCACAUAUUCGAUCCAAUUCCGACGUGCGACAUUUUUUAUUAUGUUUUUUAACUAUUAUAUAUAGCGUGACAUAUAUAUGUACAUAUGAUACAUGUAUAUCAUAAAUAAUAUGUGCAAAGCAAACUGGCAGCUUUAAAUUUGAGACGAUUGUCGUGAUUCUGAUAAUGCACGAACGGCAUGUACUUAAAUCUCGUAACGAAAUAGCUUUUUUCUGCAAUUGUGGAACGAAAUCGUGCAUUGCAGCGUUUAAAUAAGCUCGAUGUCGACAAACGAGAACACCUUGUUACGAUAAAUUUAGGGAACGUGUACUUACACAUUCGCAGAGAGAUAUUAUUGCAUUUUUCUUUAAAUUAUUUACAACUCUUUAACGCCUAAGACAUUUAAGUAUUGUACAGACUUUUACUUUUAUUUAUUGCUAUAUAUUAAAAGAAAUGUAUAGAUUAUACAGUCUAGAAAGUAAGAAAUGUCUAUUACAUUUGUAGAGGUACUGCUUAGAUGCGAAUUUUUUUCUAGUAAUAUCUUCGUAAACAGGUAUAAGACUAUCAAACUUCCAAUGUUUUCUAUGAGACUCUAGCUAUAAGAGAAUUAAGUGAAAAACGUUUUUUAUAUCGAUUUAAAGAUUAUUUGUAAAUUUUGAUAUGUAAUAUUUAUCUGUAUUACAACUAUAGACUUCACCGAAUUCUUCGUUUGCAUGUGCGUAUAGCAAGUCACGUACAUCACAUUUAUGAUUUACAACUUGCACCUGUUUUGCACCUUUGACGAUAUUUACGGCGUUUAAAUUUGAUAUUGUGUAUAGAUAUAUUGUUCGAAAUAUAUAAAUAUGUAAAUUUUACGAAAAAAAUUUAUGUAUCGUCAGAUCCAACAAUCAAAAUGAAGUACAAUAAUGACAAAUUUCAAAAUACACUCGCGUAUGUGCGUGCAGGAUUAUGUGUAAAAAAUGAAAUAAUUCGUUUUUUUGGCAAACAGACAUAUUUUUUUAUAUGCGCUGUGUCAAAUAAUAUUCAAAUUUUAAAGAAACCUUUUGAUGGGAAUAAAUAGUACAAAUAAACGCUCAUACAUUCCUCCAUGAUGCAAUAAAACGUUG